AUGUCGCUUGCGACGCUACCAUCGCACAACGAGGAUGUUGCACUACUCAUCCUCUGCGCCAAUGCCUACCGCUUCUAUCUCUGGUCGCGUGUGAUUCCUCUUGGUCGCGAUGAUCCAGUCAAUGAAGCGGGUAUUGCAUUCUAUAAGAACUAUGUUGACACUGUAGAAGCGGGCAUACCCCUUUCCGAAGAUGUAGUGACAUCCAAGAGCGAUGUUGGCGAUUCGUCAAGAGAGCAUUUGAUUGUCGCCCACACUUGCUGCUUGGCGCACGGGCGCGCGGUGAAGGCCUAUGCGAAGACUUCAAGCCUAAAGAUAGGAAUUAUCGGUGUCACCUUAAUGGCGACUGGACCGAGCCAUGGGACCUGCCGAUCCCUCGAUGUCGAAGCAGCUGAGCGCAAGCUUGAGUUCGCAAUCUCUUGGUUCGCUGAUCCGAUUUACUUCGUUAAAUAUCCCGACAGCAUGCGGAAGCAGCUCGGUGACCGACUUCCCGGUUCACCCGAGAAGUUUGCGCUCGUAAAGGGCUCCAACGACUUUUACGGGAUGAACCACUAA